GGGGGCCACCCUCGGCAUAAUCUGCUUCAAGCCCCGGCUUCCUUCUCCUGCGUGGAGGCAAUGGAGUUCCUCGCUGAGGAGAACGACUGCGGGCAGACGCUACUGCGUCUUGUGAGUCGUGGAAGCGCCAUCAUUGCUGAGCUGCUGCGUUUGUCCAACAACAUUCCAGGAGUGUUUAUGGGCCCCUCUCACGUAGAAGACCCCGAACAGCUCAAGUAUCUCAAUAUCCUCUUCGACUUUGCGUACCUGAAGAACCCAGAGGACUUUGAAAACAUGGUCAACAGCAACACAGAACUACUGGACGUGGACGAUGAAUUCAUGGACAACCACGAGGACAUCUUGGAUCGAUUUUACCAGCUGUUCGAUGGCGUCUACAAGUAUAUCAGCGACUACUUGGAGUUCCUGGACAAUCUGGAGAAAGGUUUCUUCAUCCAGCACACGCUGGCCAACAUCCUGCUGGAUACAGACGGCGCACAGCUCAUGUGCGAGGCAUUGUACCUCUAUGGAGUUAUCUUGCUACUACUGGAUCGCAAGAUCCCCGGCCCGACACGAGAGAAAAUGGUCAUCGCAUUCUACCGAAGCAAGGGCGAGUCUGCGCUGGAAAACAUCGACGAGGUCUGCAAACUGUGCCGUGUGACUGGAUACCUACCUGGUCAGGCUAAGCCGGCUCAAUACCCAGAGCGAUACUUCAAGCGCUUUCAGCCCCCAGAAGAAGUGGUGAGUAUGGUGAUCGGCAAACUGCAGUCUGACGAUGUGUACCUGCAAGAACCUUGCUUCCCACAUCGCACCCACCGCUCCACGCGCCUUGCAGCACAAGCGUCGAUGCUUUUCGUGAUUUUGUUCUUUGCUCCGGAUAUUCUCAUCCACGAGAAAGCAAGUAUGCGUGAAAUUGUGGAUCGUCACUUCAACGACAACUUUAUCUUGACGACAUACAUGGGAGCCGUGGCGGAUCUGUCGCUGGAGUGGGCUGCUUAUCCAGCAGCUCGAUUGGCUCUUGCUAACACACUGGAGCCCUCGAAUAUCGCACACAUUACCAAGAAGAAGGCACAGCAGACACAGCGGUCUAUUGACGAACUCAACUAUUUCCUUACCGAAGGUGUGCUCACGGAAAUGUACGUGUUGGAGAACCUGGAUCCGCUGUUGAACUGCAUCCGUAAUGCCAACGUGACGAUCCGAUGGACGAUGAUGCACUCGCGCAUUCAGCCGGUGAUUCCCAUGAUGGAGAAUUCCACUGCACAGCGCGAAAUUUUUGAUAAAGGCACAGACCCGGACAAGCUAAUCACGUUGCUGCUAAAAGUCUCGCAAUUGGAGUGGAAAUUGAAGCAAAUGUUCGAGGCUUUACUGGCCAGUAAAGAAAACCGAUGGCAACGUUGCAUGAAGGAAACGUCGGAGCGCAUGGAAGAACUGAGUGAGUACUUUUCCGGUGAAAAACCACUAACCCGUGUGGAACGCAAUGAGGACCUGAUGAAGUGGUUUAAGGACUUGGCCGAGAAGGUCAACAGUCUGGACUACGUGGAUCACAUCAAGGCUGGUCGACGAAUCAAGCGACUGAUUGAGGCGUUGGGCCACGUUGAACAGUUCGACCAGAUCGACACGAACUUGCAGGUGAAGGCGUACCUGGAGGAGUCUCGCGAGUUCCUGACGGAGAUGGUGCGCACCGUCCGUAUUCGAGAUGAGGUCAUGGGUAUCAUUGAGAACGUGUCGGACUUGUCGUAUGGCUGGGAGAUCAUUAACGACUUUAUGAAGAUCCUACACCAACGCGUGAAGAACGAUCCGUCCUCUGUUAUUCUGCUGCGUGCUAUGUUCCUGAAGUUUGCAUCGAUCCUAGAUGUGCCGCUUACGCGCAUUCAUCAGUGUGGCUCCGAAGAUGUGAUUUCGGUGGCGGAAUAUUACUCGGCCGAGCUUGUAGACUACGUGCGACGUGUGAUGGAAGUCAUCCCGCAGAGCGUCUUCCGUAUUCUUGCCGGGAUCAUCAUACUACAGACUGACCACAUGAAGCCAAUUCCUGUGAAAUUUGAGAACACGUUGUUGAAGAACCAUGCGCAGUUGAACGAGCGUUAUCGUCUUGCUCGUGCUACCAAUGAGGUUUCCAAGUACACGGAAGGUAUUCUGGCAAUGAAGAGAACGCUACUUGGUAUCAUCGAAGUGGACCCUCGACAAGUGCUGGAAGAUGGACUACGUAAGGAGCUUGUGUACCGCGUCUCGCUUGCUUUCCACGAGGUGCUAAUCUUCGAGAAGAAUACGUCCGAAGAAUGUAACGAGGUUUUUGUAAAGUUGGCGUCCAAUCUGGAUGCCUACCGCCUCUCGUUCGAAUACAUUCAAGACUACAUUGGUAUCUACGGUCUGCGAAUGUGGCACGAGGAACUAUCGCGUAUUAUCAACUACAACGUCGAACAAGAAUGCAACCGAUACCUGAAGAAAAAAGUGUACGACAGAGCAUCCCAAUACCAAAGCCGUGCUAUCCCGAUCCCGAGGUUCCAGCCGCCGUCAGGAGACAUGAGUGUCAACUUCAUGGGCCGCCUCAUGCACGCGCUUUUCACCAUGACCGACCCACACACAACCAUUUACUCCCCGCAGUCUAUCGGAUGGUUCUCGGAAGAUGGCAACGAAGUCUGCGGUAUUGGUGCCUUCUCCGUUCUUCACAAGAGCGUGGGUUUGCUCGGUCUCGCAGGUCUAGACCGCAUGCUCUCGUUCCGUAUUGUGCAUACGCUCAACAACUUGGUCAAGUUCUGGGGCUCAGCGGUGACGCCAUAUUAUCCUCUUCUGGAUCAACUUUCUGCUGCGCUAGUGCCCGAAUGGAAGCUACCCGAACACUCGACGAAGCUGUACGAGGCUGCGUUGAAAAAGGUGGAGAAGGUAAUGAGUAAGUUGCUGAAGGCAGUGCUUAUUAUCGGACAGGCAGCACUCAUCCGACGUCAAAUCUCAAGUGAAUUGUCGUUCUCAAGCCGCCUGGAUGCUAACUUGUUGGCUACGACGCUGGAUACGCUCAACAUUUCGUUGCUGAACGAUAUCCGUGCGCAUUACCGUGACCCGAAGAACAAACCAUACCCUGGCAAUGACGGCAACCCUGUGCUUGUUGAGCUGAACAAAUACUUGGAGAAUACUGGUGCAAAUGAUCCGUUCCAGAAGAUCUACGUUACCGUCGCUGAGCCCAUGGAGGGUCUUGCAGCCAUGUUCAUGCUCUUUGUGGUCGCCUACAUGCCGAAGCUGCAGUACGACCGCAACUUCGGCGCACUCAGUCGCGUUGGUAAGAACCCGAUUGAUGGCGAGCCUUUGCUGGUUGGUAUCCUCACCAUUUUCAAGCAGUUCCACCCGUCGUACACGGAGAAGUUCCUGGCUUACUUGGGCCAGUUCGUGCGCACAAAAGUCAACGACAUUUUCGCCGAGAAGGUUGACAAGAAGGGCAAAGCAUCUUCGCUGCCGACCGAACUACCCGUGGACGUGGUGAACACGCUGAUCUUCAUGCUUGAGCUCGCUCGCUGUGCCAAGAUCAAGCGCAGCAUCCUCGACGGCCACGUCCCUGCGUACGUUUUUGACGCUGUUCAGCUCUAA